AUGGAGCUUCGUAAGCUCGCGUAUGAAUUUGCUCGGAAAGUUGGCGCGUCGUAUCUGGAUCCAUGGAACGACAAUCAACAGGCGAGUAAGGAUUGGCAGUUGGCGUUCAUGAAACGCCACAAAAAUUUGUCACUGCGAACACCAGAGCAAGUAAGCCAGAGCCGUGCGAAGCGACGUCGAGUUCUUGCCUCUGGUGAUGCCAUUGUGACUGCUGCGAAUGAGGAGGUGUCAACGUCGGAGGCAUCGACAAGUGCCCCAGCUUCAACAAGUGGUGCUGCAUCAUCGUUGUUGUCUCUUGUUUCGGCUCCACAGCUCCGUGAUGCAUUGAAAUCGGUUGGCCCGUUGAAAUUGGGCACACCUGCGCUGAAAUCAAAACGUGGCCGCAAGACAAUGGAGUCAACGAUUUUGACAUCGCCUGAGGCUGUCGCAGAUCUGCGUGACAAGGCCGAAAAAAGCGGCAAAAAUUGA